AUAUGCCUUCAGAAGGUCAACCAAAAGUCAUCGGCUCCCCGACAAUCACGUCGCCCUGUCAAUCGCUUACUCCGCCUCUCUUUUUCAAGUUUCAAUCGUUGCCGCAUACAUCGCCUUUCGACUUAACACCUUCUAAUAUUUACUGCUGUUGUUGCUGCAUGCACAGUUGUUAGCAGCUGUCUGGACCCUUGUCAUUCUUCAUGGGAAAGUGGAGAUAUGGCGUUGUUCUGGAUGCUGGGUCCUCUGGGACGCGCGUCUAUAUCUACCGCUGGCUGAACAGCGACACGGCGCGCAAGCAAGCGACCGACGCGCAACUGCACACUCUGCCUGUUAUAGAGACAGACAAGAAGUGGACCAAAAAGAUUCAUCCAGGUAUCUCGACUUUUGGCGAACACCCUCACGAUGUCGGUCGUGACCACCUCGACAAGCUCCUCAGCCAUGCGCUCAAGAAGAUCCCACAACAGGAUGUCCCGAACACGCCACUUUUCCUGCUUGCGACAGCGGGCAUGCGAAUACUGCCUGACGGUCAGCGGAAGGCUGUGCUAAAGGAGGUGUGCGACUAUGCGAAAACAAACACAAAAUUCCAGCUGCCGGAUUGCGAUGUACAUAUUCAGGUCAUACCAGGAGAGACGGAAGGACUGUAUGGUUGGAUUGCGGCGAAUUAUCUGCUCGGCGGAUUCGACCAACCGGAAAAACACGACCAUGGCAAGGGGCACAAUACGUAUGGAUUUCUGGAUAUGGGAGGUGCAUCGGCACAGAUUGCUUUUGCGCCAAACGUGACGGAAGCAGAGAAGCAUGCGAACGACCUAACGCUGUUGCGAUUACGAACGGUCGAUGGGACACCCUUGGAGCACAAGGUCUUCGUUACAACGUGGCUGGGAUUUGGCGUCAACCAGGCAAGGCAGCGAUAUGUCAAGGCACUUCUAGCUUCUAGCUCGUCGAAAGAGCUACCGGAUCCCUGUUUACCCGCUGGUCUGAAGGUCGAGGUCACAAAAGAAGGCAAAUUCAUCCAGCUGGACACGGAUGACGAGGACGACGAGGCGCAGGAGGCUGCAGCGGAACUGCUCGGGACUGGGAAGUUCGCAGAGUGUAUGCAUCAGACGUACCCUUUGUUGGAGAAAGACAAGGAAUGCACGGAUGCACCAUGUCUGCUGAACGGGCAGCAUGUGCCGGCGAUCGACUUUGACGUAAACCAUUUUGUGGGCGUAUCUGAGUACUGGCAUACAACGCAUGAGAUCUUCGAGAAGGGCCACAAGGACAAGGCGUACGACUUCACGACGUACCAAAAACGAGUAGAGGAAUUCUGCAGUCAAGACUGGAAGGCUAUUGAGAAGGGGAUCAAGAAAGAUAAAUGGAGCGGCAAGAUGGACAAGGAAAAGGCACGCGAGGUCUGCUUCAAGGCAUCAUGGAUCAUCAACAUGCUACAUGAUGGUAUUGGAGUCCCGCGGGUGGGCAUCGAACCUCUACCCGACAGCAAGAACUUGACGGAGGAGGUUGUUGACAACGCAAAAGAGAAGGGCUUUCUCGACCCUUUCCAGGCAGUCAACAAGAUCAACGACGUCGAGGUGAGCUGGACACUCGGGAAAAUGGUCCUCUACGCGUCCAGCGAGAUCCCACCACCCUCCGAGAAAGCUCUUGCUGUGGGAUUCGGCUCCAACGUCGCCGGUAUCCCAUCAGACUUCCAGUACCCCGGUGGCGCCUACCUUCCACAUUCCGCUCAAGACGACGAAAGCGUCUGGCACCGUCUUUUCAUCAAGAACCCCAGCCGCAUCCCCGCCUUCUUCAUCAUGGUCUUCAUCAUGUUCUUCAUCAUGGGCAUCAUACUAGGCCGCGAGCGUCGGGCCUCAGUACGCAAAACCAUCAGCGCGCUCUUCACAAAGAAACCCGGAAAAACGGCGCCUCAACACCGCCGGCGCCGCGGCUUCCCAGGAAAACUCUUCGGCCUCGGUUCCUCCUCCUCCUCGGCGCCCACAUACGAGCGAGUCGAUCUCGAAGACGGCACUGCAGAUCCCAACACGUUCGAGCUCGACGAACAGUAUGUUGAUUCCUCGGACAACGAGUUCUCCGACUCGUCUGAGGGGUCGAAGAUUGGCCUCACGUCUGGCUGGGCGACGCCGCAGAUCAAGGAACCGGUGGGCACGCAGGGGUACUUUGGUACUGCGGAUGUGCUGAGUGCGGGGGCUGGGUUGGGACUGAGACCUGGUGGAUUGCUGUCCAGGACUGAUAGUCGGGAGAGGAUUAGGAGUCGGGCGAGUAGCCCGAAGAGACUGAAUACUUUGCAUAAGCUGGAUGAGUAAGGUCUGAUUAAGGGCGUUUUGUACGGGUGUUUUGUUGAGCAUUUGGAAGUGGAGUUGGCGUUUUCUCUGGGUGUGGGUUGUCGUUUGGGAUUGGAAUGGGGAUUAUGAUGGGGAUGAGGAUAAUGUGUUUUCAGCGUUGCAGAGGUGUGGGUUCGAGUUUGUCCUUGUGCUUGGAGAUGUGAAUCCUGCACGAUUACUUGUGUAUACAAUCAAGUACACCAAGUUGCUCCUCGUCUAGAAUCUGUGAAUUGACCG